UUAAUAGAGGGUUUUAGAUCAUACCUCAGAUGCCCUUAAACAUAUUUGUAGUUGAAAACAUUUUUAUUUCUUAUCUUCACCAAAUAAUAAACUAAGAAGAAGAAUCAAAGAAGCAAGUUCAAGCACCAACCGGCUUUAAAGCAUCCUUUUCUUUUUCGUUUACUUUCAUCUUUGUCCAAGAGUUGAGCGUUGAUUGUGUUUGAUUCUUGCAACAGAUCAAUUCUGUUUCAGAUAAGUUUGAUCUUGAUCACAAGAAGAAGGAGGAGGAGAGUAUGUCAACUUAUUACAAAAGUAGUAGUGGCUCAAGUGACAUUUAUUCCAGACCAAAUGCAUCCGAGUUUGUCCCUGAAAACGCAAUGAUCUACACGAAUCCUGCGGUUUCUUACUUUCCGGGAGAAGCUAACAAUGUCUCAGCUUCAAAAGAGAUUCAAGAACUGUCUAGUUUCGGUGGAGUAGCUUCACAAGCGGUGGAGAUUCAAGAUUCUGGUUCUUGGAGAGAUCAAGAAGACAGGACCUGCUUCCCGGUGAUGAUGCGUCCCACCACGGGACAGGGACUGUCCCUUGGCAUCAGCUCGCAGAUUGAGACACAAGUUGUUUCAGGCUUUCACAACUCAAAGUAUCUCGAGGCUGCUCAAGAGCUUCUGGAUGAAGCUGUUAAUGUUAAGAAAGCUUUGAAGCAGUUUCAGCCAGAGGGAGACAAGACUGAAGAAGACAAAGAGAAGAAUCUUCAAGAAUCAAUCACGAACCCUGAUUUACCUCAAGCAGAGAGACAAGAACUGCAGAACAAGUUGUCUAAACUGUUAUCGAUAUUAGACGAGGUGGACAGAAGAUACAAGCAGUAUUACCAUCAGAUGCAGAUAGUUGUAUCAUCUUUCGAUGUAAUAGCCGGAUGCGGAGCAGCUAAACCAUACACGGCUCUUGCGCUUCAGACAAUCUCAAGGCACUUCCGUUGCUUGAGGGAUGCAAUAUCAGGACAAAUCUUGGUGAUAAGGAGAAGUUUAGGAGGAGAACAUGAUGGAUUAGAUGGGAGAGGAGUUGGUAUAAGCAGGUUAAGGAACGUUGAUCAAAAGGUAAGGCAGCAGAGAGCGUUGCAGAGGUUAGGCGUGAUGCAACCUCACGCUUGGCGGCCUCAACGCGGUCUACCUGAUUCCUCUGUUUUGAUACUCCGUGCUUGGCUAUUUGAGCAUUUUCUCCACCCUUAUCCAAAGGAUUCGGACAAGAUCAUGCUAGCUAGACAAACAGGGUUAAGCAGAGGCCAGGUGUCGAACUGGUUUAUAAACGCGCGUGUGCGUCUCUGGAAACCGAUGGUGGAGGAGAUGUACAAGGAAGAGUUCACAGAUGCAUUGGAGGAGAAUGUUACCAACUUGUAUUCCGGAAACAACAGACCAGAAACCACCGAGUCCCAAGAACAGCAACUCGUGUCUAGUUCCAACAAUGGUGGGGCAAGCACUAGCGCGGUGGCACGUGGUGGUGAAGACCAGCUAAUGAUGGUCACCGAGAUGACAAGAAAUGGCAGUGGUGGGAUGUCUUUAACAUUAGGCAUUCCGGACAACUACGAGAAUAGUUUCCAGUAUUUAAACUCUGGCAACGGCCAGCACCGGCUUGGCUCUUCUCAGUUGUUGCAGGAUUUUGUAGCUUGAAUGAAGAAUACAAUAGAGGUGUAGUAGUAAUUAUAUUCUUUUUGUGAAAGUAAAACCAUCAGAUGAAUUAAAGGAAAAUAAGGCCAAAGGGUUUAACAUCAAAA